UGAGGACCAUUCAGCCGCUGCAAGCCACCUUAGAAGCUACAUGGCUGUGUGCAGUAGUCUGACUUUGAGCCCAUCCGAGCAGUCCAGACUGCAUGUGCCGCAGCCAGUUCACUUUCUUCUAGCUAACUACUGUUUUGGAGCCUUUGCGCACAGGCAUUGCGCUUCACGAUUCAUCUCGCGCUUUAUCGGUCCCCAUGUUGUGUCAUUCAACAUAUAACAGGUGCUAAUAUUCCUGCAGCAUACGUGUGUGAUCAUUAGGAGACUCCGAGGCAGAGUACUCGAAUGCGACCCCAGCAUGUCUACGGACAGUCCCACAAAUCCUAUCACCAGCGGAGUAGCGACCGGCCGAACUGUCUUCGAUUUCUCAAUCGAUGUAGCCGACAAAGUCUUUGAAGGCCCAGUCCAGUGGGUGAAAAACUUUUAUAGCCGCGGUAGUUCAGCCAGGGAACUGAAAUCCCGGCUGGGGGAAUGGGCCCUUGAAGCUCAAGACAAUCGAGGUCGGUGGUUGCAGCCAGUCCUCAGCAAAGACGCUUUUCGGAGCCAUCUGAUCACCGAAGACGGUCAAAUGCAGCCAUCCGGAGAGUGCACGGCUACGUUUGGUUGGGCUAAGCUGCUGUAUGCUCUCAACAUCCGUCCGGCUGGCGGUAUAAUCUCUUGGAGAGAGACGCCAGAGGGCGAAUCGAGUGCACUCAACACCAAUAAAAUUUCGCUGUGUGUUCAUGGCUCUGUCUUAUGCGACAUCAUUAACCUAUACCGAAUGUACACAGACAGACCUCCGACCUCAGCAGGCAUUUUUCAACUACCAUUCGGUGAACUCAAGGUAUUGGAUGAGGACAAUCAUUCGUACGCAUUCAAGACUUUUGGGAAUGAUGUACUGUCAUCUCCGCGACAGCCGUUCCCAUACAGCAUGCGUGACAUAGGGAGUACUCGAGAAGGCAACCUCAGUUUUGACAAGGGCGUUAUCAUUACUUCAUACUUGCAAGCUCUCGAGUACGACAUAAGCACGAGUGCCCUCACUCUAAGAGAUACGCAUCAGCCUCUAGCAGAGCGUGUCAGACGCCUUCUGCAGGGCUUAGCUAGGGUCUGUGAUGGCGAUUGGAACAAGCCAUUACUCGUAACACCCUCCUGGACCAAGCAUGCAAGCCGUAUCAAGCGCCGUGCAACGACAGACAACGGAAAGAACGACCGUUUGAGUCGCCAUAUUUUCAUGUUCAUCUCACAGAACAAGGGCGUGGAGGCUCACUUACAGCGCUCUAAGGGCGAUAAGUGGAGACACCUGAUAGACCAGAAUGUCAAGGCCUGGUUUCUAUCCGAUGGCGAGGAAUAUAAGUUUGUCUGGGACAUCGUGGCCUGGCAAAGAUCGUCCGAUGGUUGGGAAGAGUUUUUCAAAAACGAGCUACUUCCGGCACUCGAGGGACUGUCCCAGACCACUGAAGGACAGCAUUGGCUCCCGGAUACCGUUUCACCUCAGGAUCUCUAUAUACUCUUGACCACUCCACACAAGAUUUUGAAUGAGCCGGUAAUCGUGCUGGAACAUUUACCGGAUCAGUGGGACUUUUACGGAGAGAUAUCGGGUUGAACAUCCCACGUGCUGGACACAAUGACCACAGACGAGGGUCAAGUCUAUGUUGAUGACAUCUAUGUCGGCGUAUUCUGUUGCGGCAUUAACAGCGGAAGCCUGCAUGGCAGGAUCAGAUUUCAUGGCCAGCGUCCUAAGACCUAUGCGAUCAGGUACGGUCACUCGAUAAGGGUGCGUACUCCAGGAA